GUGUAUCGAAAUCUCUGUCUCAAGCCGCUCACGCGAGACCCGCACCUAUCCUUAAAGCGCCGCCCCGCGUCCCGUCAUGGUGUCCCCGACCCCCUCUUCUCGAACGUCGCCCGAAAAAUCGAGCGGUCGCGACGGGUUUCGGCCAAAACGGUACUGGCGCAUGCGCCAGGACGCCGCCGUCCACUGGCGCCUCCGGCGCCUGUGAGACCCCUCUGAGCCUCCCGUCCCCCGCGGUUCCUCCCGGGCCCCCUACGUUUAGAGACGCGUCGAGCCAAAACGAGCGACCCGGCGCCCGGGCGACGGGCAUCUCAAACCGGCUCCGCCGUCGCGGGGCGUCGUCUGGCCUCGCGGCGCGCCGUACGGCCUCGCCCCCGCAGGCACCCGCAAUCGCAACCAUGCACGUCAUCGUCCGCGCGAUGAUCGUACUUUCCUGCAUCGUCACCUUCGCCAUUCACGAGGGCGGCCGGCCCGCGCUGGUCGCAUCCGCAGCUCCAGAGAACCUCCGGGCGCUGAGCGAAUGGCCCGGCGGCGUGCCGCCGGGCUGCGAGCCCGACGCGCCGUCGACGACGGCCAACGGCAACGUGACCAUCGUGACGCAGUCGACGACGGACCGCCUCUGGAACUUGGGCCACGUCUGCGAGCGCUGGAAGGGGCCCCUGAGCCUGGGCAUGACGGUGACGCCUGAGGACCCGGGCGGCGUCACGCAGGACGCGAAGCGCAUCAUGGCCGCCUGCCCGGAGGUCCACGUGUCCGUCCUCGUGCGCGAGCCCGACCAGAAGUACCCCGUGAACCGGCUGCGGAACCUGGCCUGGGCCAAGGCGACGACGCCCUGGAUCUUCCUGCUGGACGCCGACUUCUGGCCCGGGGCCGACGCGCGCUUCCUCCUCGAGCAGACCAUCGCCCGGUCGUCCUUCGGGCCGCGGACCGCGCUCGUCGUCCCCGCGUUCGCGUUGGAUCUCGGAAAGCCCGCGUGGCCACGACAGCUCGUCCUGCCCGACCACGCGGAGCUCGCGAAGCGCAUCCCGCUGACGAAGCGGGGCCUCGUGCGCUGCCUCGCCAACGGCACGGUGGCCGGGCUGCCGCCGCCGCCGCGGUGGACGCCGCGGACGCUCAACCUCUGGGAGGGCGACGCCGUCGCCGGGGGCCGCCGCCGCGCGCUCGCGGCGGGCGAGGACGACGCGCGCCGCGCGCUCGAGUACGUCGAGGAGCUCGACGGCCACUGCGAGCCCUUCCACCACCACGGCUCGACGCGCUUCGACGCGUGGCUCGCGUCGGGCGACGCCGCGAGCGACGGGCCCGCCGAGCCCGCGCCCGCGCUGCCCUGCUUCCUCAGCAACAAGUACGAGCCGUUCGUGGCCGUGCCGCGCUGCCUCGACGGCCACCCGGGCGAGGCGAGCCACGUGCCGCGCUUCGACGAGCGCUACAUAGGCUACGGCAAAAACAAGAUCGAGUGGAUCGCGUCUUUGCGCGGCGCGAACCAGGGCGGGAAAAGGGUGCGAUUUUCCCCAACUUCAAGGCUCCUAUCUCGGCCGUUUCCCACUCGCGCGAACUACUCGUUCCGCGUCGUGCCGGACGCGUUCACGGUCCACGUGCCCCACCCGCAGUCGACGGCGAUGCGGGAGUGGAGCAUCGAGAAAAAAGUGAAACGCGGGGGCACAUGGACGACCAAAUCGCGGUUGCGCAUGGACGAAAUGUUCGCAAAGCACAUGGCCGCGCUGGGCCUCUACGUGAUGGACAUUCCGGGCGUGCCCGCGGGCGACCCGGCGGCCGUCGUGGAGGUCGACCUCGCGACGCCCCUCUGCGGCGCCGUGGCCCACACCAUCGACAAGCUCGAGACCCACAGCCUCGCGCCGGCGGCGCGCGCGUGGCUCCGGGGCGGCGAGCCCAAAGCGCGCGGGAAAGGUCGGGACCCCACGCCCCUGCGCUGGGCCCAGGUCGACGCCCGCCUCGCGCUGCCCUUCGCCGAGCGCAUCGCCUACUACUAA